AUGAAGAUCCUUAUAGUCCUGUCCCUUCUGGGUCUUUCUGUGGCAAAGCCUUUCGACGAUGAUGAUAAGAUAGUUGGAGGUCAACCCUGUAGAGUUCCCUAUCAGGUGUCUCUUAAUGUGGGCUAUCAUUUCUGUGGAGGAAUCCUGAUCAACGAGCAAUGGGUGGUGUCUGCUGCUCACUGCUAUCAAUCAAAUAUUCAAUGCAGGCUUGGAGAAUAUAAUUUAAGAUUGUCGGAUGGAACAGAACAGUUCAUUGACUGUAAGAAGAUCGUUCGACACCCAGAGUAUAACCCUUAUGAUAGUGACAUCAUGUUGAUCAAGCUUUCAGUGCCGGCCCAGCUGAAUGAAGCAGUGCAGCCCAUCAGGCUUCCCGAAAACUGUCCUCCUGGAAGUAGUCCACCUGUGGGAACUAAGUGCAAAGUGUCUGGCUGGGGUUACACCGGAUUUGAAAACCCAGACAUCUUGCAGUGUGUGGAUGUUCCUGUUGUAUCUGAGGCAGAUUGUAAUAGAUCCUACCCAGGACUGAUUACAGACAACAUGAUCUGCCUGGGCUAUCCAGAGGGCGGAAAGGACUCCUGUCAGGGUGACUCCGGUGGUCCAGUGGUUUGUAAUGGAGAACUGCAUGGAAUAGUGUCCUGGGGUUAUGGAUGUGCACAACCCGAUUAUCCCGGUGUCUACACCAAGGUCUGCAAGUUCGUUAAUUGGAUUAAAGAAGUUAUUGCUAACAAUUAA